AUGGCGAAGUCGAAGACGAUUCUCGUGCUCAAUGCCGGGAGCUCGUCUCUCAAGUACGCGCUGUACGAAUUCGCGGAUGCGCUGAAGGCGAAGCUGGCGGUGUCGGGUCUGGUGGAGCAGAUCGGUACUCCCAAGGGCGUCAUCACGCACAAGGCCCUCGCCACCAACCAGACCGUCCAUGAGAAAGCGGUGUUCAGCGACCACAAGGAGGCCAUGUCGCACGCGCUGAAGCUGAUGGGGAUCAGCAAGGGCAGCAGUGCGGUUACGGCAGUGGGGCACAGAGCGGUGCACGGCGGUGAGGAGAUCAACAAGUCGUGCAUCAUCACGGAUCACGUGAAGGACGUGCUCAAGAAGUUCACGCCACUCGCCCCGCUGCACAACCCUCCCAACCUCCAGGGCAUGGCAGUGGCGCAGGAGCUGCUGGACUGUCCGCAGGUGGCGGUGUUUGACACGGCGUUCCACAGCACCAUCCCGCCGCACGCCUACACGUACGCGCUGCCCUACCGCCUCUACAAGGAGCUCGGCGUGCGGCGGUAUGGUUUUCAUGGCACCAGCUACAUGUACCUGCUGCGGGAGACGGCGAGGCAGCUGGGGAAGAAGGAGAGCGAGGUGAACAUGAUCACGCUGCACCUGGGAGCCGGUGCCAGCAUGGCGUGCAUCAAGGAGGGAAAGUGCAUUGACACGACUAUGGGAGUAACCCCACUGGAAGGACUCGUGAUGGCCACCCGGUGCGGAGACAUCGACCCAGCCAUCCCCAAGAUCCUCUCAGACCUGCAGGGCCUCUCACCCGCUCAGAUCGACUCUCUCCUUAACAAGGAGUCCGGCCUGGUUGGCAUCUGCGGGGACAAGGACAUGAAAGCAGUUGUAGACCGCACUGAGGCUGCUGAAGCUCUGUGCAUACCUGCAGGGGAUGACCUGGAGGGAGGUGGUCGGCACCGGCUUGCUCUUGAGGUGUUUGUGCACCGGGUGAGGAAAUAUCUAGGAGCGUAUUUGGUUCAGCUGGGAGGGAAGGUGGACGCUAUUGUGUUCAGCGCAGGGAUUGGGGAGAGAUCGGCGCCGGUGCGCGCGCGUGUGUGUGCGGGGUUGGAGGCAUUUGGGAUUGAGGUAGAUAAGGCGAGAAAUGAGGAGGCGAGCAAGGGUGCGAGGGAGAUCUCGGUGGCAGGGGCGAAGAUCAAGGUGAUGGUUGUGCCGACUGAUGAGGAGCUGUGCAUUGCACAGGAGACCCUGCGUGUGGUUGACGAGGCUCGCAAGGAAGACGCAAGUGGCGACGGCGGAGCGACGGCUGGAGCCGAGUCAGCAGUUGCGGACGUGGCAGCCGCUUCGGCAGCAGAAGCAGUAGCUGGCGUGGAACAGUCGAGUGAGCAGAAAGCCGAGAGCGGGGCUGCUGGGAGCGGAAAUGCAGGCGCGGGGAGGCGCAAGGAGCGGCGGAUGGUGAAAGAGUUCAAGAAGCGGUUGAGAAUCGCGGAUAUUAAGAACGGACCGGACGAAGGGAUGGAUCAGGUUGGGCGUCACGUGGAGCUCCGUGGUUGGGUGCGGACUGUGCGCUCUCAAAAGGCCUUCUCUUUCAUUGAGCUCAACGACGGUUCAUCCCUCUCAGGCAUUCAAGUGGUAGCAACACCCGAGAUUGAAGGCUAUCAGGAGGUGGAGGGGGGCGGCAUAACCACGGGGGCAGCAGUGUCAGUGGAGGGCGAGGUGGUGGAGAGUCAGGGCAAGGGCCAGAAGAUCGAGAUCAAAGCCCAAAAGCUCACUCUUGUGGGUGGCAGUGAUGGCAGCACGUACCCUCUGCAGAAGAAGCGGCACUCCUUGGAAUAUCUUCGCACCAUUGCACACCUCAGACCCCGCACCAACACCAUUGGCGCUGUGUCUCGAGUGCGCAGUGCGCUAGCACAGGCCUCCCACCGUUUCUUCCAGUCACACGGCUUUGUGUGGGUGGCAUCGCCCAUUAUCACUGCAUCCGAUUGCGAGGGAGCUGGCGAUCAGUUCCGAGUAACCACGCUGCUACUAGGCAACCCAGAUGCGUCCACGCCAGUGAAGGCCAUCCCCACCAACAAGGACGGAUCCGUGGACUGGUCCCAGGAUUUCUUCAAGCGCCCGGCGUAUCUCACGGUGUCAGGGCAACUGAAUGCGGAGAUCUACGCGUGUGCCCUGCACGAUGUGUAUACGUUUGGUCCCACCUUCCGAGCAGAGAACUCUAACACCUCACGCCACCUCGCCGAGUUCUGGAUGAUCGAGCCUGAGCUGGCAUUUGCUGACCUGGCAGAUGACAUGGCAUGUGCCACGGCAUACCUCAAGUACAUUCUUCAAGAGGCCAUGAGCGAGUGUGCGGAGGACUUCAGAUUCUUUGACAAGUUUGUCGAGCCGGGGAUCAUCCAACGGCUCACGUCAGUGGUGGAGAGUGAGUUUGAGCAUGUGCCAUACACGGAUGCCAUCAACAUUCUCCAGAAGGCCAAGACCAAAUUCGACUACCCGGUGGAGUGGGGCAUUGACCUGCAGAGCGAGCAUGAGAGGUACCUCACAGAGAAGGCCUUCAAGAACCGACCAAUCAUCGUCACCGAUUACCCCAAGGACAUCAAGGCGUUCUACAUGCGCCUCAACGAUGAUGGCAAGACUGUUGCAGCCAUGGAUGUGCUGGUGCCCCGGGUGGGCGAGCUGAUAGGAGGCAGUCAGAGGGAGGAGCGGCUGGAGGUGUUGGAGGGGCGCAUGAGGGAUGUGGGCCUCGACCCGCAGGCCUACUGGUGGUACCUCGACCUCCGCAGAUACGGCUCAGUCCCCCAUGCGGGAUUCGGGCUGGGCUUUGAGCGACUGGUGCAGUUUGCAACUGGCGCGUCGCGUUCGCGACUAUUUAAGGAGUUGAAGGAGGCGCAGAAGGAAGCAAAGGGAUCAGCCGAUGGUGACAUCAUCCUCAGCUGUGAUGAGAGCAACAUUUACAGAUGGACGGCCCUCAUCAAGGGCCCAGCUGACACACCGUAUUUUGGAGGGCAGUUUAGCCUCACCAUCAACGUGCCGCAGCAAUACCCCCUUGUGCCGCCCCAAGUGCGGUUCGCUACCAAAGUCUUCCACCCCAACGUGCAUUUCAAGACGGGGGAGAUCUGCUUAGACAUCCUCAAGACCGCAUGGAGCCCUGCUUGGACCCUCACGUCUGUGUGUCGGGCCAUCAUCACUCUCCUCUGCCAUCCUGAGGCGGACAGCCCCUUAAACUGCGACUCAGGCAAUCUGAUUCGAGCGGGGGACAACCGAGGCUACUGCUCCAUGGCUCGCAUGUACACUAAACUUCACGCCAUGCCGCCCGCAGCCAGAUGA